AUGAGGCGCCAUGACAACCUCACGCUGAAAGUUUUGAGCUGUUUGCUUCUUGAAGAGAGUCGAGAUUGAAACGUCAAAAAAACAUGCCGAAUUCUGAACCCUAGCGAAGAUCUUAGACCAAAAAAUCAUGGCUGACGUCGAAAAGGAGAACUUGAAGAACCUGGAAGAGAAGCAGAAGUCGCGUCCCGGCACGGGAAGCCAGGGGAAAGUCAGUAAACCUCCGUCGGCGGGGAGUGGGCCUGCCUCCCGACCACAUAGUCGCACCAGUCCGGCACCUUCCCGCAAGAGCGUCAGUCGGAAUGGCAGUGCACGAUCGUCCGCAAAAGGACGGCCCGGCAGUAAGAUCUCCAACAUGUCCGGUGAUGUCAGCGACCAGAGCGACAACGAAGACACGCAGUCCAAAACGACGAUGGGGGAGGGGGACGGGGAGGGUAGCGAUGGCUACGACACAGACCUCGAGAUAGAAGAUAAGAGAAUAGAGUAUGACUCCACCGGUAGGACGACGUACAAGGAGGCGUGUAAGCAGAUAGGCGUGGUCCCGGUGUCGUAUUUCCUCAGACACAUGCAGGAUUCGGAGCUGGUCAUGAUGCAUCAUGGUCUGGGACCGCUGGGGGCGAAGGCUAUAGCGACAUCGCUGGUGACCAACACAACCAUUCUAAAGCUGAACCUGAGAGACAACUGGUUAGAGGCACAGGGAGGGAAGUACAUUGCUGAGAUGCUGGUUGAGAACUGCUACAUACAUGAUCUGGAUCUGUCCUACAACAAGAUUGGAAACGAGGGAUCGGAGCCGAUAGCAGAGAUGCUCCAGGACAACUCCACCCUAGAGAGAGUUGUCUUGUCGGGAAACGGAUUUGGAGACAAGGCUGCAGAGGCAAUGGCUGAGGCCAUCAUGAGUAACCAGAAGAUGGAGGAGAUGGACCUGAGCCAUAAUGAGUUUGGUGAGGUGUCGGGGGAGUUGUUGGGGCCUGCCAUCGCUGAGAACAGCCAGAUGAAGGUGCUGGACCUCAGCUGGAACCACCUGCGCAGGAAAGGUGCCCUGGCUGUUGCAGAGGGCAUCAGGGACAACAUCACCAUAACACACCUAGACCUGUCCUGGAAUGGGUUUGGUGAUGACGGGGCACAGGCCAUCGGAGAAGCCCUCAAGUCCAACAAGACACUGGAGGUUCUGGACAUGAGUAAUAACAGAAUCUCUACAGAGGGUGCUGUCCUGCUAGCCAAGGGGCUGAUUGAGAAUGAUGCACUCAGAGUGCUGAAGAUGGGGAAGAAUCCAAUGCAGUCGGCAGGUUGUUAUGGAGUUCUGAAGGGGAUUUCCCAGAAUCCCAACUCUGCCGUCCAGGAGCUGGACUUCUCUGACAUCUUGGUGAAUGACGACUUUGAUGAACUGUUGAAGCAGGUGAAGGAGAUGUUGCCUGCUCUUCUUACCAAAACAGCGGAACGGGUCCAUGGCAGGGGUGGUGCUGCGAAGGACUUUAAGAAGGCGAAGCCGCGUGCAGACCCGAUGACAAAGCUGAAACAGUAUGUGGAGAAGAACAACCUCCGUCUGGUCGACCUCUUCAACCAGUUCGACAAGGACAAGAGCAUGAGCGUCACCAGGGAGGAGUUUGCCCAGGGGGUGGAGGCCACUGGGAUCGACCUGACACCUGAUGAGUUGAAACGACUGCUGGACACUCUGGACAAGGAUGGGGACGGGGAGAUUGAAUACGGUGGUGUUGGAGAGCUGGUGUUCGGAGCGCAGGCCCAUCAGGAGCAGGAGCGCAAGAUGGCCAAGGCGCGUUCUCCCUUGCCCAGCCGAUAGGAAUUGUUUGCGGAACAGACGAGCAGCUGCAUGCGCGUUGGAAAAUUGUCGGAAACGCGCCGGAGUACGGAUUGGCUACAUAUUGCUGGGUUCACACUUUUUAACAUGCUUUCAUCAUCUGUCAUAUUGUUUAGAAUAUGCUUUAAAGAGUGUACAAGAAAGCAAAACCAGGAAAAGACAAAAUUCUUUCAACAAAUCUCAUGUAGUUCAUUUAAAAUUGUUUUUUAAUAUUUAGUUUCAUUGCUUUCUGCCAAUAGUGUUACUUUUAGCUUAUAAGUUUGUUUCAAUUUGAAUACACCCAAAAACAUUUAGCUUGUUAAGUAGAUUUUCUGAUCCAAAAAGAAGAUGUGCAUUCAUUGUUCUUAGGCUAUUUACAAUUUUCAUCUUGCCUGAAGUUUUGUUUAAAAAAUGAAGCCAAAUGCAUCUGAAAGUUAAAUAAGAAUAAAAUUUCUGACAACAUUACAAAUUUUUAUAGUGCAAAUAUGUUAUGUCCAGUAAUGUUUUUUAGGCAGCGAUAUCUGUUUGCGUGUGAACCCAGGUAUAUGUAUACUGCACACAGUGCUCACAUAUGGAACCAAAAUGCUGCUGCAAACAUUGUCAAGAAAGGACGUAUUUCCCCCGUACCCCUGAAGCAUCCUGCAUGCGCAAGGGUUAGGUUUGCUAUCAUGGUAAUUGGCAAUGGUGCAAUGGUGACGGUCUCACUUAGUUUUAUUUUCUCAAAGAUGAGACAGGAAUUGAUACAUUUCAGAAAAAAAUGAAGCAGCAAAAGAGUCAAGCUUGAAGACAACACAAAUGAAGAUUCCAGCACUUUUCUUUUUUGCAGAACCACGUUUUUCUCCAAUAUUCAGAUGCAUGUACAUUUUUGUAUAGAACCAUACUAUCAGAUAUGUUCUGCAAUGCAUUUCAAAUUUUUGCAACAUUGGCAGCUUUUUUGCCAAAUUCAAUAAAAGUCUUCCUAUGAAAGGAUUUCACAGGCAAAUGAAGAACGAAAGGGGUGACUGUCAGAAUUGGUUUUGGAGGAAACCAAUUUGCACCACAAAGGGUAUGGCAAAUUUUAGCUACAAAUUUGAAUUGAAAGAAAAAUGUUGUAACUUAGCCUACAUUGCAUACUAUGUUACAUGUAGUCUCUUGCUGUUGCUUAGGGCUUAUUGGGUCUCCUCCCUACGUUUCUUUGGGCCUGACCAGUGGAAAGGCCACUAAAAGCAUUAUUUAGUCUUAGAAGCUACCAACCCCUUCCUUUCUCAUCAGCCUUUUAAUUUUGAUUUAAUGCUGAUGCUUCGGUAGUAUAUAUGCAGUCCUAUCCUCAUGCGUGUAUAAGUCAUGUAACGUACAAUAUUAUACAUUCAAGUUUUGGUGUAAACGGAAGCCUGCAAUAGUAUGAAAAAUGCAAUAGCAUCUAGGAGGCUUGCCAUGAACGUAACAGUUCUAGCAUUUAAUUUGUCUAAUUAAGACUUUUUGUAAAUAAUUGAAGCAGUGAAUGAUGUGUUUAUACCAGACUGAGUAUAUUUUGGGAGUGAAAUUUGUCUAGAUUUAAACCUUUGCUGGAAAGCCAUUUUGGUUGUUCCAAUUGUGGGAUGAUUUGGAUUUUUCAAAAUGAAAACUUAGGGUGAAAAAUUUCUAAUGGUGAACUGUGGUGAAGGGCAAAUGUAUAUAACGUUAGAUAUGUUGUUUUAUUUUACGGGCAGUUAUUAACAGGAGUGCCAAAGCAUUUGCACGAACUCUAUGAGAUUUGUACGAACAUUAUGUGAUAUGCACGAAUCACUGUGAAAACACACGAACCUUAUGAAAAUCACACGAAUCACUGUGCGAAAACGUACGAACCUUAUGUGAUUCGCACAAAUCACUAUGUGACACACACAAACCUUAUUUGAUUUGCACGAACCUUAUGAAAAACCGACCGACCACCGCAGGGUCACGUGAGAUUACGUCAUUCGCAUAAGGUUUGUGCAAAUCACAUAAGGUGCGUAUUUUUCGCAUAGUGAUUUGUGUGAUUUUCAUAAGGUGCGUAUGUUUUCGCGUAGUGAUUUGUGUGAUUUUCAUAAGGCUCGUGCGCUUUCGCACAGGGAUUCAUGCGUAUCACGUAAUGUAUGUACGAAUCUCACAGGGUUCGUGUAAAUGCUUCUAAUAGGCACCCCUUAUCAAGUGAGGGUUAUGUGGAAUAGAAAUGUUGCAUGACUGUUUUGUCAUCGCUGCUAGUUUAAAAGUAUCGAUUCUUCUGCUAUACUAAAAGUCACUGGAUGUAUAUAUAUAGGAUGUGAAUAUUGUAUUAGAGUUCUAAAGUUUGUGAUAGUUUUUUAUAGUCUAUGACAAUGUUUUAUGGUGAUUUUGGAAUCAUAACACAGACUUGUAUAUGGAAAUAUAGGUAUAGAGAAUAUACAUGCCGUGUGGGUAACUUGUAGUUUGAAUUGCCUUUGAACCACCUGAUGCACCUUUAAAUUCUCCCCUGGUUUGCUGUGAAACUGACUUUCUAAGACUUGUCUCUUUCUGAGUAAUAAAUUCCCAACAAGAGUAA